AUGCCGCUGAAAGUUAUCGUUGUUGGCGCUGGUCUGGGAGGACUAGGUGCAGCCAUUGCGUUGAACCGGGCCGGACAUGAUGUUCAAGUAAUUGAGCAAUCGGGCUUUUUGAACGAAGUGGGUGCAGCUAUCCAUGUUGCUCCCAACGCAACUCGUAUCCUGAAAGGAUGGGAAUGCGAUUUGGAAUUGCUACAAGCAUCCCCGUGUAAACGUCUUCAAGUGUGGAACUCAGCGGGCGAGCUUCUCUUGACCCCGGUCGUAACAUCGGAGCUUCAAGCAGCACUCAAUGUUCAUGAUGAAUGGCUUUUGACACAUCGCGUUGAUCUACACAAUGCGCUCCGAGUGACAGCUGGGAAGGAAUUUAAAGGCAAGCGGGUGAACAUCCAAUUGUCAUCUCGUGUAAAAUCAGUUGAUGCCGAGAUGGGAGUCGUCACGCUCGAGAACGGAACCACGUUCACUGGAGACUUAAUCAUUGGUGCAGAUGGUGUCCACUCCCGAACUGUGAGCAGUAUCGCCGGAGAUGAAUCACGCAAGGAAAACACCGGUCAAAACUGUUACCGAUUUUUGAUCCCUGUUUCAAAGGCGUUGGAUAACGAGCUUGCUGCUUCACUGUUAGCGAAGACUGGAUUGGAUGGUCUUCAUGCAUUUGCUGCAAAUGACCGGCGACUUGUUUUUUACCCGUGUCGCCAGGGUCAACUGCUGAACGUUGCUGGUCUUCACCCUACGGGAGAAAUCCCAACAGAAGAAUCAUCGUGGCUCAAUUCCGGGAGUGUAGAGAAUCUUGUCGAGACCUUCAAAGACUUUUCUCCUGAGCUUCAAGAGAUGUGUCGCCUCGGUGAAGAUGUGAAACUGUGGAGUCUAGCAUCCCGCUCACCCCCAGCCAAGUUUGUGCAAGACAAGCUUGCUCUUGUCGGGGAUGCAGCGCAUCCAACCCUCCCUCACCAAGGCCAAGGUGGCGCCCAGGCGUUUGAAGAUGGUGCUGCCCUUGGAGCCUUGUUCACUUCUGACACCAGACCAGAUCAAGUGUCUGCACGUCUGGAGCUAUACAACAAAGUUCGCUAUGAACAGGCAUUGACGGUCAUGAUGAUGUCGAGAACCCAAGACGAGCGUCGCGCAGAGAUGCUUGACGAGCUGCGUAAAUAUGUGCCUAACGCUGAGCUUCCAAAAGACAUGUUCUCCUUCACUUGGCCAUCUGAUCCAGUGCAAAAUGCCAAGCACUUACUGGCUUCCCAAGUUCAUGUUUAG